AUGGUUACUCUUGAAUACAACACAAACAGCAAACAGAUUGCUGCAAGUGGCGCUGACGUCACACAAUCUACUGAAACCAAUAUCGAUCAAAUAAAUGUUCUAACCACAUCUUUAAUAGGAGAAACUAACCCAAAUUUCACUCCACAACCAAACGAAGCUCUAAGCAAAAUGAUAAAAGGUUUAUUUGAAAAUGGUAUGAAAAAUCUGCAACAAAAAAAAUUGAACGAAGCAUUGAAAAACGUUUCCUUAGCAGUCGAAAUGGCACAAAGGAAAAGGGCACCUUGGGAAGCUUUUGCUAUUCAACUACCGGAGCUACAUUUCAUGCUUCGUAGCAAAAUAGAUUUAUGCUUAAUACUUGGAAAGCACUUAGAAGCGUUGCAAGACUUGGAUUUUUUGCUAGGUACUGGGCUUAUCCAACCAGAUGUGUUUGUGAGAAAGGCUGACUGUUUGUUGAAAUUGAGACAGUGGGAGGAAGCUAGAGCCACGUGCGAAAGAGGUUUAGCCUUAGCCCCCGAAGAUAUGAAACUCAGAGCACUUUUGAUAGAGACAGCAAGAAAUUUGGCCGAAUAUAACGGCGAAUGA